AUUUGCUUUUCCAAUAGUUUCUUUUUUUGUGGGGGUAUACAUUUCUCAGCAUCUCAUUUUCACAACUACUCCGAAGUAGUUUGUUGCAGCAAGGAAGUGACUCCGGCUUAGUUCCCGCGGUGAGGGUUGUUGUAGCAGUAGUAGUAGGAGUCAAGAGAGGACUUGGGGGGUGUUGUGCCCCAUUUAAGGCGGGUGUUUUGACCAAUCACCCUGGGAAAAAAGUGAAGCAGCUGUGUCUCCUACUCCCACUCUUACCUCGAAAGAGGUAGAGUGCAUGUGGGUUGGAAGAGUGCCCCCCCCCGCUUCUUUUUUUAAACCACCUCUAGAUAAAAACUGAUAGGAUUGCCCCUUUGUUGCGCGCUUUUAGAGGACUGAUCGCUAGGAAGGAGACUUACUUGGGAAGUGCUUUCCAUGGCUGCCGCCUCUGCUAUUGUCCCUAGUGGGGGCUCCCCAACAGGUGGCGGGACCACCCCAGGGCUGCUCCAGCCCCGCUGGAAGCGGGUGGUUGGGUGGUCAGGCCCCGUGCCUCGGCCCCGACAUGGGCACAGAGCUGUGGCCAUCAAAGAGCUGAUUGUGGUCUUCGGAGGGGGCAACGAGGGCAUCGUGGAUGAGUUGCAUGUCUAUAACACAGCUACAAACCAGUGGUUCAUCCCAGCUGUGCGGGGAGACAUCCCUCCUGGUUGUGCGGCCUAUGGCUUCGUUUGUGACGGAACCCGUCUGCUGGUAUUUGGGGGGAUGGUGGAGUAUGGCAAGUACAGCAACGAUCUCUAUGAACUGCAGGCCAGCCGUUGGGAGUGGAAGAGGUUGAAAGCCAAGACUCCUAAGAAUGGGCCCCCACCCUGCCCACGACUUGGCCAUAGCUUCUCAUUGGUGGGCAACAAAUGCUACCUGUUUGGGGGCUUGGCCAAUGACAGCGAAGACCCUAAGAAUAACAUUCCCAGGUACCUGAAUGACCUCUAUAUCUUGGAGCUACGACCAGGCUCUGGUGUGGUAGCCUGGGACAUCCCCAUCACCUAUGGUGUACUGCCUCCGCCACGGGAGUCCCACACUGCUGUGGUGUACACAGAAAAGGACAACAAGAAGUCCAAACUAGUUAUAUACGGUGGCAUGAGUGGUUGUCGUCUUGGUGACCUCUGGACCCUUGACAUUGAAUCUCUAACGUGGAACAAGCCCACCCUGAGUGGGGUGGCCCCCCUCCCACGCAGUCUGCAUUCAGCCACAACUAUUGGGAACAAGAUGUAUGUAUUUGGAGGCUGGGUACCCCUUGUCAUGGAUGAUGUCAAAGUGGCAACACAUGAGAAGGAAUGGAAAUGCACAAAUACCCUGGCCUGCCUCAACCUCGACUCUAUGGCUUGGGAGCCCAUUCUGAUGGACACACUAGAGGACAAUAUUCCACGGGCCAGAGCUGGGCACUGUGCUGUGGCUAUCAAUACCCGCUUGUACAUCUGGAGUGGCCGUGAUGGGUACCGCAAAGCUUGGAAUAACCAGGUUUGCUGCAAGGAUCUAUGGUACCUUGAGACAGAGAAACCUCCCUCGCCUUCACGGGUGCAGCUGGUUCGUGCCAACACCAAUUCCCUGGAAGUGAGCUGGGGCUCUGUCCCAACAGCUGACACUUAUCUGUUGCAGCUCCAGAAGUAUGACAUCCCAGCUGCCACCUCGCCAGCUGCCAAUCCUGUGCCCUCAGUGCCUGUCAACCCCCCCAAGAGCCCCGCUCCAGCUGCAGCUGCCCCUGUCCCUACAGUGCAGCCCCUGGCGCAAAUGGGCAUUACCCUGCUGCCCCAGACCACAGCUGUUGCAGCUGCUGCUGGUGCCGUGGCUGCUGCUGCUGCCGCCCCACCUACCACAACCACCAUCCAGGUGCUGCCUACUGUGCCUAGCAGCCCAAUGCCUGUGCCUGCUGCUGCUGCUGCUGCCGCCACUGCCACUCCUCGCCCUCAAGCUGUCCCAGCUGUGCUGAAGGUCACAGGCCCACAAGCUACUACGGGGACUCCAUUGGUGACGGUGCGUUCAGCCGGGCAGGCUGGGAAGGGCCCUGUGACAGUUACUUCACUGCCGGCCGGGGUUCGUAUGGUGGUACCCACGCAGAACACUCAAGGGACAGUGAUUGGCAGUAGCCCCCAGAUGAGUGGCAUGGCUGCUCUGGCAGCUGCUGCUGCUGCCACUCAAAAAAUUCCACCAUCUUCAGCCCCUACAAUGCUGAGUGUGCCUGCUGGCACAACCCUAGUUAAGACUGUUGCUGUUUCGCCAGGCACCACCACGCUACCCACCACAGUUAAAGUUGCCUCUUCUCCCGUCAUGGCCAUGUUGAUGCAGGUGAGCAACCCAGCAACCCGCAUGCUGAAGACAGCCGCCGCUCAAGUUGGCACCUCAGUAUCUUCAUCCACCACCAAUACGCCUACUCGGCCCAUCAUCACCGUGCACAAGUCUGGCACUGUCACUGUAGCACAGCAGGCCCAGGUGAUGACCACUGUGGUGGGAGGGGUGACCAAGACCAUCACAUUGGUGAAAAGUCCCAUCUCAGUGCCUGGAGGCAGUGCAUUGAUUUCCAAUUUGGGUAAAAUGAUGUCAGUUGUUCAGACUAAACCUGUUCAGACAUCAGCUGUGACAGGCCAGGCAUCAAGUGGCCCUGUGACCCAGAUAAUACAGACCAAAGGGCCCCUGCCUGCUGGCACUAUCCUCAAGCUGGUGACCUCAGCAGAUGGCAAGCCCACCACAAUCAUCACCAGCUCCCAGGCAGGCGGUACAGGCACCAAGCCCACCAUUCUGGGCAUCAGCAGUGUCUCUCCAAAUACAACGAAGCCUGGCACCACAACCAUCAUCAAGACCAUCCCCAUGUCUGCUAUUAUUACCCAGUCAGGUGCCACAGGUGUCACCAGUAGCCCUGGGAUCAAGUCUCCCAUCACCAUCAUCACCACAAAAGUGAUGACUUCUGGCACUGGGACACCUGCCAAGAUCAUCACGGCUGUACCCAAGCUGACCACAAGCCACGGGCAGCAGGGUGUAACACAGGUGGUACUUAAAGGAGCCCCAGGUCAACCUGGCACUAUCCUGCGAACAGUCCCUAUGGGUGGAGUGCGGCUUGUCACCCCUGUCACGGUGUCUGCUGUCAAGCCUACUGUCACCACUUUGGUGGUGAAAGGAACUACAGGUGUCACAACCUUGGGCACUGUAACUGGCACAGUCUCAACCAGCCUAGCUGGGACUGGGGGACACAAUACCAAUGCCUCCUUGGCGACACCCAUUACCACCUUGGGCACCAUCGCCACACUUUCUAGCCAGGUCAUCAACCCAGCUGCCAUCACAGUCUCAGCAGCACAGACUACCCUGACAGCAGCAGGAGGGCUGAGCACUCCCACCAUCACCAUGCAGCCUGUGUCCCAGCCUACUCAAGUCACCCUGAUUACGACACCCAGCGGCGUAGAGGCCCAGCCAGUGCAUGACUUGCCCGUCUCUAUCUUGGCCUCACCUACCACAGAGCAGCCCACAGCUACUGUUGCAAUUGCUGAAUCAGGGCAGGGAGACGCACAGCCAGGCACCGUCACUUUGGUGUGCUCCAAUCCACCAUGCGAGACACACGAAACGGGCACCACCAACACAGCCACGACGACUGUAGUGGGCACUUUGGGUGGGCCGACCCAGGUGCAGUUUGUGUGUGAGGGGCAAGAGGGUGGUGGGCUUCAGCCCAACGGGAGAGUGGUGCGGGUAUGUUCAAAUCCUCCUUGUGAGACCCACGAAACAGGCACCACCAACACAGCCACCACUGUGCGGAGUGCUGGGCAAAAGGUGUGCUCCAACCCACCCUGCGAAACGCACGAGACUGGAACUACCAAUACAGCCACCACCUCCAGGAUUGAGAAAGCUACUGCAGAUCCACCAUGCCAAACUUUCCAGACUAGUGCCACUAGCACUACCAUGACAGUGAAGCCCAUUGUGGGCACAGGUCAGCUAGUGUGCUCCAACCCACCCUGUGAAACCCAUGAGACGGGAACCACCAACACAGCCACCACUGCCACCUCUAACAUGGGCCGGGGGCAACCUGAUGGUGAGCAGAAAGAACCAACCAAUCCGCCAUGCCAGACAAAGCAGACUAAUACAACCAACACCACCAUGUCUGCAAAAGCAGAUGUGCCCACUGAGCAACCAUGUGCAGUCCGGAUGGUGAGCUUUACUUCAGCUUCUGGAGUGCCCAGCGCUGCCUCUGGCACCACCACCACAGCACAGGCCAGCGAAAGACUACCAGCCCCCAAAAGCCUACAGUGUGAAUCCCAUCACACCCACACCACCAAUACUGCCACUACGGCUCGGUCUCUGAUGGGCCGAGGGCAGCCUGACGGUGAGUGGGUGGGAUCCGCCAACCCUCCGUGCCAAACGCAGCAGACCUGUUCCACCAGCACCACCAUGUCUGCCAAAGCAGAUGUGCCUACAAAGCAGCCGUGCACAGUGCAGAUGGCAUUGCCCGAUUCAGGUUCAGUGCUGCCCCCCUCAAGCACACCUUGCGAGACCAGCAAAACAGGCGCCAAGGAUUCAGGCCCCCAGGUGUGCUCCAAUCCACCUUGUGAGACUCACGAAACGGGCACCACUAACACAGCUACUGUAUCCACGUCAAACCAGGGUACAUCCCAGCCACUUUGCUCCAAUCCACCUUGUGAGACUCAUGAAACGGGCACCACCAACACAUCUACAACAGCCACUUCCAGCAUGGGCAUAGGGCAGCAAGUGUGCUCCAACCCACCUUGUGAAACUCAUGAGACUGGCACCACCAACACAGCAACCACCACAACAUCAAACAUGGGCACAGGACAGGGCGAAGGUGCUGGGCAAACUCCUGCUGCUCCACCCUGUGAAACACAGCAGACAAGUGCCACCAGUACUACUAUGACGUCCAGCACCGGAGGUGAUGGCACCCACAUUUCCAGCUCAACCUCUUUGCCGGUUGGGGGCUCUGAAUCAGGAAAAGCCCCUGAGGGAGAAAGUCCAGGUACUGAAGGAUUACCACUUCAGAACCCAACCGCCAGAGUGUGCUCAAAUCCUCCUUGUGAGACCCACGAGACUGGAACGACCCACACAGCCACCACUGUCACCUCCUCCAUGGGGUCCAAUCAAGACCAGCCACCUGCCACCAAUGGCCAGCAGGGGGAACCUGAGUCAACUGUGACUGAGAGCCCAGCUGCCAGUAGCCCCAGUACUGUUACAACCACCGUUGCCUCCACACUGCCCAGGGCUGUCACCACCGUGACACAGUCAACCCCCCCGCCAGGACCCUCUGUGCCGAACAUUUCUUCUUUGGCUGAUACUCCUGCGGAGGAGGCCAGUCCCCCUGCUGAGACACCAGCUGCCACCAGUGCAGAUUCCCUUACAGGAGCCUCUGAACCACUGCAAACUCCUGCGGAGAUACAGGCAGCAGCAUCUGAGCCUCAGGAGCAAAUCCACGCUGCACCGACAGCAGGCACCCCACCAGCGGAAGCUGCUCCCCAGCCAGAGCUCCCAGCUCCUGUGGUGGAGGCCCCACCAGCACCAGCAGCUCCUGCCCGGGAGCCUGUCACCAUGGUGGUGGUGCCCCAGGUAACCCCUGCUGCUGCUGCUCCACCUCCACCUCCAGCACCAGCACCACCUUCAGAAGUAGAACAGUUGGCACUGCCCCAGGAGUUGAUGGCCGAGAGCCAGGCAGGCACCACCACACUCAUGGUGACAGGGUUGACGCCAGAGGAGCUGGCAGUGACUGCAGCUGCAGAGGCGGCUGCCCAAGCUGCUGCUACCGAAGAGGCCCAAGCCCUGGCCAUACAAGCAGUUUUGCAAGCUGCCCAGCAGGCUGUAAUGGGUUCUGGAGAGGCCAUGGAUACAUCUGAAGCUGCAUCAACACAAGCGGAGCUCGGUCACUUGGCCUCGGAAAGCCCUGAGGGCCAGGCCACGGCCAUCCCCAUUGUGCUCACCCAGCAAGAACUGGCUGCCCUCGUGCAGCAGCAGCACCAGCUUCAGGAAGCUCAGGCGGCGGCCGUAGCGGCAGCCGCGGCGGCGGCAGCUCAGCAACAGCCACCUCAGCACCCGCUGCCUUCCCACUUGCCCACGGAAGCCCUGGCCCCUGCUGACAGCCUCAACGACCCUGCCAGUGAGAGUAACGGCCUCAACGAGUUGGCUAGUGCAGUUACAAGUACAGUUGGGCUACUACCCCCUACGCCUACAGAGAGCCUUGCUCCAUCUAAUACUUUUGUGGCCCCACAGCCAGUGGUGGCGGCGGCCAGCCCAGCAAAGCUGCAGGCGGCAGCUGCUCUGACUGAGGUUGCCAAUGGGAUUGAAGCAGCACCAGUGAAACCAGAACCUCCCACUCAGCCUCCAAAGGUAGUUGUGAAGAAGGAGAAUCAGUGGUUUGAUGUGGGUGUUGUUAAAGCAACAAACAUGAUGGUGACACACUACUUCCUGCCUCCUGAUGAUGCGCCUGCCACAGAAGAUGACUCGGGCACCAUACCCGAUUAUUCUCAACUCAAGAAGCAGGAACUGCAGCCUGGUACUGCUUAUAAAUUCCGUGUGGCAGGAAUCAACGCCUGCGGCCGGGGUCCUUUUAGUGAAAUUUCAGCAUUCAAGACGUGUCUGCCUGGCUUCCCUGGAGCUCCAUGCGCCAUUAAAAUCAGCAAGAGUCCAGAUGGAGCCCAUUUGACUUGGGAGCCCCCUUCUGUCACCUCUGGGAAGAUCACAGAGUACUCUGUGUACCUGGCCAUUCAGAGUGCCCAGGCAGGCGAACCGAAGAGUGCAGCCCCUGCUCAACUGGCCUUCAUGCGAGUUUAUUGUGGGCCCAGCCCCUCAUGCCUGGUGCAAUCAGCUAGUCUCUCCAAUGCCCACAUAGACUACACAACCAAGCCUGCCAUCAUCUUCCGCAUUGCUGCCCGCAACGAGAAGGGCUACGGCCCUGCCACACAAGUCCGGUGGCUGCAAGAAUCCAGUAAGGAUGGCUCCAUGAUAAAACCAGCCAACAAGCGACCGCUUUCCUCUCCCGACCUGAAAACCGCUCCAAAGAAGCCCAAAGCAGAUGGGCAGUGAAGGGCAUCCCCUGCUGUCCCCUCUUCCUGCCUGCUCCACAGCCUCCACCUGAACCCCCAGCCAGUCAGCCGCCCCUUUGUGUGGAGGAAGAUGGAACCGCUGAAAGCACAUUUCAUACACCACGGGGCUGGACUCUUGGGGCGGAGGACACAGAGGCUCAAGUGAGGGAGCCCCAAGCAGGGGCCAUCGCUGUGCCAUGCCAUGCCAUGCCAUGCCAUGCCCCAGCCUAGGAAGGGGGAAGAAGGACUGGAGUUCCUCCCCUGCCCCCUGCUGCUGCCCCGUUUAACAUGGACGCUGAUGUUAGGGGUGGGUUUGGAGGGGGGAAUUGUUAUGGGGGGAGGGGGGCUGUUGGGUUUUUUACAAGUUGCAGUUACAGGAAUGAAGUUCUUUUUGUAUACCCCA